CGAGAGGCGUGGUCGAAGCUUGGGAUAGACGGGCUGCAGUCGCUCAACGGUCACUGCGCGCGCUCUCUGAACGAGGGGCGUGGCCGCAGUACGGCCGGUGAGCUCGCGCGGCGUGCGGAGACUCGGGCUAGUUGUCGGGACCGCGCCAUCUGCAGGAAGGCUCAUGAGGAGAAAGGAAAAGUGUGUGUGGCGACACUGGCGAAUGCGAGACAUACAGCGGUAGAAACGGACAGAGUGCGCUCUAACAUUACAUUCCCAACGCGACUCAAGGAUUUGAUUCCUAGCGGAGGCUUCCAAAUCACAAGAUACACGAAGGAAAAACAAUGACGGAGAAGGAGUGCGUGACUGAUACCGGCACUGCAGAUUCUAUUUCUUCUGCAUAUUCUUCCCCUGCCCGAAGCUUAGGGGAUCCUGGAAUUACACCACUUUCUCCAACUCAUUCUGCGAAAGAUCCUGAGCACCAUGUCCCUGCACAGCAGUGCUUUGCGGUGGUAGUGGCUAUCGAUUUUGGCACCACAUCCAGUGGGUAUGCAUACAGCUUCACAAAGGAGCCAGAAUGUAUUCACAUUAUGAGGCGCUGGGAAGGAGGAGAUCCUGGGGUGUCCAACCAGAAGACACCCACCACCAUCCUACUGACCCCUGAUGGAAAGUUUCACAGCUUUGGUUAUGCUGCUAGAGACUUCUAUCAUGACCUGGACCCCAGUGAGUCAAAGCACUGGCUGUAUCUGGAGAAGUUCAAAAUGAAGCUGCACACGACUAGUAAUCUAUCAAUAGAAACCGAAUUGCAGGCUGCGAAUGGGAAGAAAGUGAAAGCCAUCGAUGUGUUUGCUUAUGCCCUGCAGUUCUUUAAGGAGCAGGCAUUGAAGGAACUGAGUGACCAGGCUGGCUCACAGUUCGAUAAUGCUGAUGUUCGAUGGGUAAUCACUGUACCGGCAAUUUGGAAGCAGCCAGCUAAGCAGUUUAUGAGACAAGCUGCCUACAAGUCUGGCCUUGUCAAUCCUGAGAACCCUGAGCAGCUGAUUAUUGCUCUAGAGCCAGAGGCGGCCUCUAUCUACUGCCGGAAGCUACGUCUUCACCAGAUGAUUGACUUAAGUAACAAGAUGGCAGUGAAUGGCAUUAGCCCAGCAGAGACUGUUGCCUCCGGAAUGACGCAGGCGAAGGAGCACGUCCGACGUAACCGGCAGAGCCGCACUUUUUUGGUGGAAAAUGUCAUAGGAGAGCUCUGGUCAGAGCUGGAGGAAGGUGAUCGCUAUGUGGUGGUGGACUGUGGAGGAGGAACUGUGGAUCUCACUGUCCAUCAAAUUCGCCUUCCAGAGGGCCAUUUGAAGGAAUUAUACAAAGCUUCAGGAGGUCCUUAUGGGUCUGUAGGUGUGGAUUAUGAAUUUGAAAAGCUGCUGUGUAAGAUUUUUGGAGAUGAUUUCAUUGACCAAUUCAAAAUCAAGCGUCCAGCUGCCUGGGUGGAUUUAAUGAUUGCAUUUGAGUCCCGUAAAAGAGCAGCAGCCCCAGACAGAACAAAUCCCUUGAAUAUCAACUUACCAUUUUCCUUCAUUGAUUACUACAAGAAGUUCAGGGGGCACAGUGUUGAGCAUGCACUUCGGAAAAGCAAUGUGGAUUUUGUGAAGUGGUCUUCACAAGGAAUGCUUCGAAUGAAUCCAGAUGCAAUGAAUGCCCUCUUUAAGCCCACUGUGGACCAAAUCAUUCAUCAUCUCAGUGAUCUCUUUCAAAAGCCUGAGGUGUCUGAUAUCAAGUUCCUCUUUCUGGUAGGGGGAUUUUCAGAGUCCCCUUUGCUACAGCAUGCUGUGCAGAACAUGUUGGGUGAACGGUGCCGCAUAAUUAUCCCUCACGAUGUAGGCCUUACCAUCCUCAAAGGUGCAGUGCUGUUUGGCUUGGACCCGGCAGUGAUCAAAGUGAGACGCUCACCUUUGACGUAUGGAGUUGGGGUGCUCAACAGAUACCUGGAUGGGAAGCACCCUCCUGAAAAGCUACUGGUGAAGGAUGGAACACGCUGGUGCACCGAUGUCUUUGACAAGUUUAUCUCUGCUGACCAAUCAGUGGCCCUGGGAGAAACGGUCAAGCGGAGCUACACUCCAGCCAAACCAUCUCAGAUGGUCAUUGUCAUCAAUAUCUAUUGUUCGGAGCAAGAUGAUGUGGGCUUUAUUACUGAUUCCGGUGUGAAGAAAUGUGGCACUCUGCGCUUGGACCUGAGUGGCACAGAGUGCUUCCCUCCCCCGGCCCGCCGGGAGAUUCAGACACUCAUGCAGUUUGGGGACACAGAGCUCAAGGCAAUGGCGGUGGAUGUUGCCACUUCUAAAAGUGUGAAAGCCUCCAUUGAUUUCUUAAAUUAAAUCUGGUUAGUUUUCCCCACAGUACAUUAGGAAAUUGUUAAAGCCGAGUGGAGUGUCAGCAGCUUAAAAGUCCAAAAAAGCGAGUAUUUUUAAACUGAAACUUUUAACUCUCAUAAAAUGUUUGUUUCUUUUUAAUUGUAUGAUCUGUAGCUCUGUCCCAGCAUUGAUUUUGAAUGAUUUGGGAGAAUCUCUGACCUUGAUCAGGAAGUUCCCAAAUUAUCGAUGCCUGUUGCUUCAGUAUGACUUUUUUUAGAGGCCAUUCAACCCUCUUGUGUGUCUGUGCGGCUUACUAUAUAUCGGGGGACCAAUGCUGUCUAAGAAAUAUGUUUGGGCACAGAGAAGGGGACACAAAUUUUAAUUUAGCCUGAAAAAUAUCUUGUACAAAUGUACGCUACCAUUGGGCUGCUAAGUGAUGCAUUGCCUUGUAUACUAAAAAUUCAAAAAUUAGCUUUAAAAAUAGUAAUGAUAAUGCCAGGAGGUGUGUGGUCAGAAGCCAGCAGGUCAAAAAUUGACAGGUGCCAUGUCACUUUUGUUGGGUGAGGAUUUUUUUUAGAAAAAGGAUGCAGAAGAAUCGUAUGAAAUGGAACCAAACACGCUGCCUUGAGAAUGCUGCCAGCUUCACCCUGCCUUUGUGUUUUCACUAUAGCCAUACCGGUGCGCUUGAUGCCUUUUUUUCUUAUUCUGUUCCUUUGCUUGCUACACUGAAAAAAAAAAGGAAAAAGCCAGCAUCACAGAGAAGCAAUUACCUUUGUAUCAGUUAAAGGAAAGUUUCAGUAUGUUGAAGUAACUUGGGACUGAAAACUUGAGCGAAUAUUUAUUGUGCUUUAGUUUGUAUAUACACUAUUUAAAUCAUGUACAGAUUUAUUUUUAUUUCAGCAGAGUGCGCAGAAUUAUUUAGGUAGACUUAAUUAACUCUGCUGUCACCAGCGUACUCUUCCUGUUUUCAUUGCUGCUGUUAUCAAGAAAUUCACAAUCUGUGUACACAGAAGAGUAAAACUAGCAGAAUUUGUGGGGGCCUUAGCAGGUAAACAGCUGAAUAUUUAGAUGAUGUAUUGCUAUUGAUUGUUUGGUGUGCUGCCGCCAUUAGCUUUUCAAAGCUUCAUUUGAGUCAGUUGUUGUACAUUUAAAAUGUUCUAAGAUCUCUCCUGCAGGUGGACUUGCUAUUGCUUUUGGUCUUUGUUAGAAAACAUUUCAACUGAUGUAUGGUAUCACAUUAAAACUACACACUAUGUACCUGAUUCCUUCUACACCUCUCUAGAUACCAUUAGGGUGCCCAGAUAUUCUUUUUAUAUGACGUUCUCAUGUGGUGCCAAUGGAACUAGUAGUAGCUGUGCCAGUGUCAUCACCACAAUGCCUUCAGUGUAUCUGAUCUGUUGUUACAUACAGUGCCUUGUAACAGCCUUGACUCCUUGUGCAUGAUUUACAAUCUGCUGCCUUAAAUAUCACAUUCAGAAUCAUUCCAACUUCAUUCUUUUUCACUGAUACCAGAAAAAACAUCUACAGUUUAAAAGGAUUAAAAAGUCUUCUUUCUUAAAUGGCGUUUCUGAACUUUACCAGAGGGUACAGUUUUUGCCCCUUUGUUCUUGACAGGAGUGCUGAAACUCCAUGCCUCUCACACAUAUUUUGCUGUACUACGUGAAAUUUUAGGGUAGUGUGGGACAAAUACAUAUUAUUUCUUAA